CGCCCACCGCGCAGGCGCCGCUCCAGGGCCAACAUGGCGGCCGCGCUGCUGCUGCUGCGAGACCUCUGCCGGGGCCGGGCAGCGGGGUCCGCGCCAGUGCGGGGCCGCUGCUUGCGCUGGAGCCUGGGCCUCGCCGCCGGGACCGGGAGGAGGUGCUGGCACUUCGUCCACAGGCCUCCGACCCGACUCGUGGGGGCCCGAGGCCACGCCAAGCAGACUUUGCAGCUGCACCAGCUAACCCCAGCCUUCGGAGGGUUCAGUGGAUUGUUGUUGGAACAGCAUCUCCUCCAGAAUCCAGUCAGACUCUGGAGACUCUUAGGUGCCACUCGCUAUUUUAACACCUCCACGCCAAAGCAGAAGACUAAGGACAAGGAUAGAUCUAAGGGGAGGACCCCUGAAGAUGAUGAAGAGGAGAGGAGGCGCAGGGAGCGGGAGGACCAGAUGUACCGGGAGCGCCUGCGCACCUUGUUCGUCAUUGCCGUGAUCAUGAGCCUGCUGAACGCACUCAGCACCAGCGGCGGCAACAUCUCCUGGAACGACUUUGUGCACGAGAUGCUGGCCAAGGGCGAGGUGCAGCGCGUGCAGGUGGUGCCCGAGAGCGACGUGGUGGAGGUCUACCUGCACCCUGGAGCCGUGGUGUUCGGGCGGCCGCGGCUGGCCCUGAUGUACCGCAUGCAGGUGGCAAACAUCGACAGGUUUGAGGAGAAGCUCCGGGCCGCUGAGGACGCCCUGAAUAUCGAAGGCAAGGACAGGAUCCCGGUUUCCUACAAGCGGACAGGAUUCUUUGGAAAUGCCCUCUACGCCCUGGGGAUGACCGCAGUGGGCCUGGCCAUCCUGUGGUACGUGUUCCGUCUGGCUGGAAUGACCGGAAGGGAAGGAGGACUCAGUGCUUUCAACCAGCUUAAAAUGGCUCGUUUCACGAUUGUGGACGGCAAGAUGGGGAAAGGCGUCAGCUUCAAAGAUGUGGCAGGGUUGCACGAAGCCAAGCUAGAAGUCAGAGAGUUUGUGGAUUACCUGAAGAGCCCAGAGCGCUUCCUUCAGCUGGGCGCCAAAGUCCCAAAAGGUGCGCUGUUGCUCGGGCCCCCCGGCUGUGGGAAGACCCUUCUGGCCAAGGCGGUGGCGACGGAGGCCCAGGUGCCCUUUUUGGCGAUGGCCGGCCCAGAGUUCGUGGAGGUCAUUGGAGGCCUUGGCGCUGCCCGCGUACGGAGCCUCUUCAAGGAAGCCCGGGCUCGAGCGCCCUGCAUCGUCUACAUUGAUGAGAUCGACGCCGUGGGCAAGAAACGGUCUACCACCAUGUCCGGUUUCUCCAACACGGAGGAAGAGCAAACGCUCAACCAGCUUCUGGUGGAGAUGGACGGAAUGGGCACCACCGACCAUGUCAUUGUCCUGGCAUCUACCAACCGGGCUGACGUUUUGGACAACGCUCUGCUGAGGCCUGGCCGGCUGGAUCGACACAUCUUCAUCGACCUUCCCACACUGCAGGAAAGGCGGGAGAUUUUUGAGCAGCACCUGAAGAGCCUGAAGCUGACCCAGGCCAGCAGCUUCUACUCACGGCGUCUGGCAGAGCUCACGCCGGGUUUCAGCGGUGCCGACAUCGCCAACGUCUGUAACGAGGCCGCGUUGCACGCCGCACGGGAAGGGCACGCAUCUGUCCACACCCUUAACUUCGAGUGCGCCGUGGAGCGGGUCAUUGCUGGGACUGCCAAAAAGAGCCAGAUCCUGUCAAAGGAAGAACAGAAGGUGGUCGCGUUCCACGAGUCGGGCCACGCCCUGGUCGGCUGGCUGCUGGAGCACACCGAGGCCGUCAUGAAGGUCUCCAUCGCACCACGGACUAACGCGGCGCUGGGCUUCACUCAGAUGCUCCCGAGAGACCAGCACCUCUUCACCAAGGAGCAGCUGUUCGAGCGCAUGUGCAUGGCCUUGGGUGGCCGCGCAUCCGAAAACAUCUCCUUCAACAAGGUCACUUCUGGGGCUCAGGACGACCUGAGGAAGGUCACGCGCAUCGCCUACUCCAUGGUGAGGCAGUUUGGGAUGGCGCCGAGCAUCGGGCCUGUGUCCUUCCCGGAGGUGCAGGAGGGCCUCGCCGGCGUCGGCCAGCGCCCGUUCAGCCGUGGCCUGCAGGAAAUGAUGGACCACGAAGCAAAGCUGCUGGUGGCAAAGGCCUACAGGCACACGGAGCAGGUGCUGCAGGACAACCUGGACAAGCUGCAGGCGCUGGCGAAUGCCCUGCUGGAGAAGGAAGUGAUAAACUACGAGGAUAUCGAGGCCCUCAUCGGUCCACCCCCUCACGGGCCCAAGAAGAUGAUCGCGCCUCAGAGGUGGAGUGAGGCUGAGACGGAGAAGCAAGACCCAGGGGAGGAGGAGGCCCCUCAGCAGCCCCCACCUCCUUGACUGUGCCGCUGGGGACCUGGCCUUCCCGCCCUCCUGAGACCCGGUGAGACGGACGCCUCUGCACAGCCCUCACUGCUCUCUGAAUGGCCUCCGCGAUCUAUUUAUUGACGUCCCUCCCCGUGACUAGUAAACGUCUCUGCAGACGA